UUUUUCGAGAUAUUUUAUUAAAAUACCAAAUUUAUUUGGAGAUGAUUCGUCAAAAAAUGUUACGAGAUUUGUUGACACUUUAAUCGGAACAGCUAAAGAUGGACAUGUAUUUCCUGGUCCUUGUCAUCCUUAUGGCGUUGUUAAAUUAGGCUUUGAUACUGAUGAUGUAUAUGAUUUUAAUGCUGGAUACACUACUGGUGGAAAGAUUACAGGAAUUUCUCACUUGCAUGUUAGUGGAACAGGAGGUGAACCAAAGUAUGGUGUGAUAAGUCAAUUUCCCGUGAUAGAUUCACCCGAAGACCCGAUUAAUAUAUCCGAUUUAUCUUCCGAACGUUCAUUUGAACAUUUUGAAGUUGGUUAUUCAAAGUUUGGAUUAGAACGUUUUAAUAUUACAGUUGAAUUAACGGCUAGUCGGAGAGCAGGUCUUCAUAAAUAUACUUUUCCUCCAACCGAAAACAAAGCUAAAGUUUUCAUUGAUUUGCCUCAUAAUCUUGUUGUACAUAACUAUGGCUUCACCCAUCGGUACCAUGGAGGAACGAUCCAAUCUAUCUCGCAUAAUCAAGUAAAAGGAGCAGGCCGUUAUAGUGGCGGUUGGAAUAGAGGUGGUCUUUAUAUUGUCUACUUCUGUUCACAAUUUAAUGUCAAUGCCACUGAAUUUAUGGACUUGGAGAGUAACUCUUUUCGUAGCUUUAGUUACUUUGAAGAAACAGAUGAUUUUAAUAAAAAGUCCGAUGGUGCUACUUUAACGUUCGAUAUUAUCGAAAAUCCGGUAAUCAUAUCAAGAGUUGGAAUUUCAUUUAUGUCAGCUGAACAAGCUUGUAAUAGUGUUGAAAGUGAAAUACCUGAUUGGGAUUUUGAAAAGACUAAAAAAGAAGCUGUAAAUGCUUGGCAAACGGAGUUAGAAAAGAUACAGGUUGAAGGAGGAACUGAUGAGUUAAAAACUAUUUUUUAUAGUGGCUUAUACAGAACCAUGAUCAUGCCUAGUGAUAGAACUGGUGAAAAUCCAAAAUGGGAAACGUUCGAUAAAGAUGGUAAAUUAAUACCCCACUAUGGAGAUUUUUACACUUUAUGGGACACAUUUAGAACGACAAACCCAUUAUUUACACUUUUCCAACAAGAACGAGCUAUAGACAUUGUUAGAUCAUUAAUUGAUAUAUAUAAAAAUGAAGGAUAUAUGCCCGAUGGAAGAAGUGGAUUAGCGAACGGAGUUACACAAGGUGGUUCUAAUGGUGAUAUGGUUGUGGCUGAAGCUUAUUUAAAAAAAUUGGGAACCGACAUAAUAGAUUGGGAUCUUGCUUACGAAGCUUUAAUAAAAGAUGCUGAAGUAGAUCCUAGCUCACGCGGAUUAUAUGAGGGUCGAUUAUUUUUAUCAGAAUAUAAAAAAUAUGGUUAUAUACCUUUCUCAGGGAGUCUUAUAUCUAUAUAUGCAUAUUCUCAUUGCAGUAGAACUGUAGAAUAUUCUGCUAAUGACUAUAGUAUCAGUCUUAUUGCUAAAGAGAUGGGUAAACAUAGUGAUUAUGUUAAAUAUAGAAAGAGAGCAAGAAGUUGGGAGAAUUUAUGGUAUCCUAAUAAGACUUUUGAUGGAGCAAAAGGAUUUAUCAUACCAAGAUAUGAGAAUGGUAACUUUUAUACUGAUAUAGACGUUUUGAGGGAAAAAGGUGGUGACUACGUAUUCUAUGAAGGUUCAUCAUGGGAGUAUAGUUUGGAUAUACCUUUUGAUGUAAAACGAUUAAUUGAAUUAUCCGGUGGUCCAAAAAAAUUUGAAAAACGUCUCGACAAAACAUUUGCUGAUAAAUCUUAUCAAACUGGUUAUUAUAAUAUAGGAAAUGAACCUGAUUUCUUUCACAUUUGUUUAUAUCAUUUUAUUGGAAAGCAAUAUAAAAGUGUUGAAGUUAUACGAGAUAUUUUAAAAACUAAAUUUGGAAGUGAACAAGAUGGAAUUCCAGGUAAUGAUGAUUCAGGAGCGAUGGGAAGUUGGUUUGCUUUUAAUGCAAUCGGGUUAUAUCCACUGGCUGGCACAGACAUAUAUUUAAUAAACUCACCACAUUUUGAAAAACACACAAACCCAUAUGUUCAAAGCGUAAGGAUUAACGGUAAAAAUUGGAGAAAAACAUGGUUUAGACAUUCAGACAUUGCAAAUGGUGCAGUUAUGGAAUUGGGUAUGGGUCCAAAACCCAGUAAAGUUUGGGGUGUUAUUGGACAAAAUGAAGAUAAAAUUGAUAUAGAAGAUAGAGUCGUGCCACCUAGCAUGAGUGACUAUGAUAUCUAA